GCGAUAGCUAAAAAACCGAGACAGUCGUUCGCCGUUCCCGUUGUGCUACUCAAGAGAAAAUUCCGGUCUAAGGAAAAAUCUCUGUGGAAAAGUUUAAACUAUCUAAAAAAUAUAAAUUAAUUUGUUUUUAAUCAAAUCAAUAUACAAUUAAUUUGUUAAAAAAAAUGCCAAUCAAGUCAAUCUUAGCCCGUCAAAUCUUUGACUCCCGUGGCAACCCAACAGUGGAAGUUGACCUUACCACUGAUCUUGGACUUUUCCGGGCUGCCGUUCCAUCUGGAGCAUCCACUGGUGUCCAUGAGGCCCUGGAACUCCGCGACGAAGAGAAGAACAACUACCAUGGCAAGGGUGUGAAGAAGGCUGUCGAUAACAUCAACAAAUCCCUCGCUCCAGAGGUCAUCAAGGCUGGUUUGGAGGUCACCCAACAAGAGGAGAUCGACAACUUCAUGAUCAAGUUGGACGGAACUGAGAACAAGUCGAAAUUCGGUGCCAACGCCAUUUUGGGCAUCUCCUUGGCCGUCUGCAAGGCCGGAGCAGCCAAGAAAGGAGUUCCAUUGUACAAACACAUCGCCGACUUGGCCGGAAACAAGGACAUCAUCCUGCCAGUUCCCGCAUUCAACGUCAUCAACGGUGGCUCCCACGCUGGCAACAAAUUGGCCAUGCAGGAGUUCAUGAUUCUGCCAACUGGAGCCGCCUCCUUCACCGAUGCCAUGAAGAUCGGUUCAGAGGUGUACCAUCAUCUGAAGAAGGUCAUCAAGGACAAGUUCGGUUUGGAUGCCACCGCUGUCGGUGAUGAGGGUGGUUUCGCCCCCAACAUUCAAAACAACAAGGAAGCCUUGAUCUUGAUCCAAGAUGCCAUCGCCAAGGGUGGAUACACCGGCAAGGUCGAGAUUGGUAUGGAUGUCGCCGCCUCCGAAUUCCACAAGGACGGAGUCUACGACUUGGACUUCAAGAACCCAGCCAGUGACAAGUCAUUGUGGUUGUCGCCUGACAAGCUCACCAACUUGUACCUCGAAUUCGUCAAGGAAUUCCCCAUCAUCAGCAUUGAAGAUCCAUUCGACCAGGACCAUUGGGAUGCCUGGAGCAACAUGACUGCCAACACCCCUAUCCAGAUUGUCGGCGACGACUUGACUGUGACCAACCCCAAGCGUAUUGCCACCGCCGUCGAGAAGAAGGCCUGCAACUGCUUGUUGUUGAAGGUCAACCAAAUCGGUACCGUUACCGAAUCCAUCAAGGCCCAUUUGUUGGCCAAGAGCAACGGCUGGGGCACCAUGGUGUCGCACAGGUCCGGUGAAACCGAGGACACCUUCAUCGCUGACUUGGUUGUCGGUUUGAGCACUGGCCAAAUCAAGACUGGAGCUCCAUGCCGAUCUGAACGUUUGGCCAAAUACAACCAAAUUCUCCGCAUCGAGGAGGAAUUGGGCGCUGCUGCCAAAUAUGCUGGCAAAUCUUUCCGCAAGCCACAGUAAGAAGGUGAAGGAGGAACGAUUUUCGCAAAUCGCUCGCUCAUCUCACACAAAAUCUAAUUUUAUUAUUUUAUCAUAAAUAUAAUUAUAUUUGUAUUGUAAUAUUCCAUCAAAGAUGGUGCAACAUUUAAUGUGCAACAAAAUACCUACUGAAAAGAGGAGGGCGUUCAGCAUCAGUACAUAAGUUUUGUUUUGCUUUCAAAGUUAAAAAAGUCGUUAAUUGUUGUUGCUGUUAGAUUUAAGCGUUUAAAUAAUAUCAAAAAUAAAACCAAAACCAUACAAAAACAAAACAGAAAA